UUGCUUAUUCUGAUUGAGAUAUCAUAUGGAGGGCGGAAUUGGCGAUUCGAUCCAUCCGCGCGAGCCUCGGAGCAACAGGAUAAACGCACGGUGCGACAGGUGCUAUUUCGGGAUUAAAAAGGCUCCGAAUGUGUCGGUGAGGGAUUUCGACGAUUCUUUUUGCAUUCUUGGAGGUAAAGAGACUUUGCUCGCGGAAGGAUCGAGUGUCAAAUAGACUUGCAAUGGCGAUCAAUCCUGCAGAUUUUAUCGCGUCGAAACGACAGAUAUUGCUCUUUUUAUUUAUGUUAAGCCAAGUUAGCAACGGCCACGAUGAGGAUGUAUUCACUCUUCAGUAUACCAAUGAGAAUUUCUCUAAAGAGAUUGAAAAGAAGAAUCACUUUGUUAUGUUCUACGCACCAUGGUGUGGACAUUGCCAAAGACUUGGUCCUACUUGGGAACAGUUAGCAGAAAUGUCCAAUGACUUGGAUGGUAAUAUAAGAAUCGCCAAAGUUGAUUGUACAACUGAAAACACUCUGUGUAGUGAACAAGAUGUUACUGGCUAUCCCACGCUAAAGUUUUAUAAAACUGGAGAAACCAGAGGCAUCAAAUUUAGAGGAACUCGAGAUUUACCUUCUUUAACUUCCUUUAUUAAUGAACAAUUAGGUAGUUCCUCUAUGACUGAAGAUAUUGUACCAAGUCCUCCAGAAGCAGUGAAUGGAUUGUUAGAAUUAACAGAAGAUACAUUUGAAAAACAUGUUUCUUCUGGACAUCAUUUUGUCAAGUUUUAUGCACCUUGGUGUGGACAUUGUCAAAAAUUAGCACCAACUUGGGAUGCAUUAGCCAACAGUCUUCGUAAUGAUGAUAUUGUUAGUAUCUCUAAAAUAGAUUGCACUCAGCAUCGUAGUGUUUGUACUCAAUUUGAAAUUAAAGGAUAUCCUACUUUAUUGUGGAUUGAAGAUGGAAAAAAGGUAGACAAAUAUACUGGUCAACGCACUCAUGAAGAGCUGAAGGCCUAUGUGUCAAUGAUGUUGGGUAAGAAUGCUGACCAUUUGAGUCAAAAGAGUGAAAGUAGUGAUGGUGUUCCGCAUGCUAUAUUAAGCUUGACAACCGACAGUUUCAAGCAUGGUAUCGAGAAAGGUUUUUCUUUUGUAAAGUUCUUUGCACCCUGGUGUGGACAUUGCAAACGCUUGGCGCCUACAUGGGAGGAAUUGGGUAAGAUUUUUGGUGAUAAUAACGUGAAUAUUGUUAAAGUUGAUUGCACGCUCGAUGCAAGCAAAAAAGUGUGCAACGAACAAGAGGUGGACGGUUUUCCGACUUUGUACUUGUAUCAAGAUGGACGUAAAGUCUCCGAGUACAACGGUUCGCGCGAACUUGAUGAUUUAUAUGAUUUUGUGAUGAAUUACCUUAAAAAAUCACACGACGAAUUGUAAUCCUUUGUUAAAGGUGUUGUAAUAUAAGUCAUAUUAUAGUAUUUCCAAUCAAGUAUUUCCAAUUAAACUUAUGAUACUUAGAUAUGGCAUUGUAUUUAUCAUUCAUCAUCGAAGGAAGAUAGGAAUUUUUUUCAUUUUUAUAUAAUCUAUACAAGAGAAUAACUAAUUAGAAUUUUAAUAUAAUGUAACAUCAAAGAAUUAUGUACUUCCGAAAUAUAACAUAUAUUUAUGAGUGAUA